AUCUUUCGUGCAAUAUGGAUAUUGCAGUUCAGAGAGUACCUGGCAAACGCGCUGGCAGCUUCGUCUACGUGACGGAGGACAACUAUAUUUUCCAUCUGUAGAAAGAAAGAGCUUUGCGAUGUCGCAAAAACAAACAUUAUGCGUGCCUGGCUCGCCUGACCAUGUCCGGUGAACGAUUUUUUAUGAAAGGUCAUCAUAGUCAUGCUAACGAGGAGAACGAGAUAGCACGUAUUGCUGUUGAAAACGACUGCAAACGGCGAGCUGCUGAGCAGCCUGUACGCCCCAGAAUGAUUUCUGAACAAACCAGACAAGAACAUCCAAAUGCAGUAAUUGGGUUUGGUUCCAAUUUAGAAAGAGCUAUACAACGAGCAAGGCGUCGUCUGCAGCCGGUGAUUCCGCAUUCGUUCGAUGAAGCAGAGCGAACUAUAACAGGCUCUGAUAUGUACAGAAAAACACUCAACCAAUCAGCAGAUUUCUUUCAUGGAAGAGUGUCCACCGACACUGGGAAUGCUUUUAUUUUCAUCUCGCUGGCCCUUCUGCCUGAAAUUCGAACAACGAGAGAAAUCCGAUCAGAUGGAACUUUUAAAACGGUUCCCAACCUGUUUUAUGAACUUUUCACGCUUCACGUUUUGGCGUAUGGGAAGUCUUUUCCUGUUGCCUACGUGUUGAUGUCCAACAAAACAGCUGAACUCUAUCGUAUUGCUAUCGAUCGCAUACUGCAGAUUCUUCAAGAGGUCAACCCUGGGAAUCACUUUGAAGUAGAAGUAUUAAUUUCCGACUUCAAAUUAGCAAUCAUGGGUACGAAGCAGCAAGCUUUUCCAAACGCAAGAAGCCGUGGCUGUUGGUUUCACUAUGCACAGGCUAUUUAUCGUAGAGCCUGCAAAGAACUUCAAAGGGCCUAUAGAUCAGUUGGGGUCAUAAGGAGUAUCGUGAAGAAGCUAAUUGCCCUCACAUUGCUACCGUCGAAUCGAGCCUACGAAGGAUUCCAGACUAUAAGACACCGUACCGAAAAUGCUCUUCUUGCCGAGAAUCCGCAAUCAAGAGCUGGAGUAGCACGGCUUUUCCAAUAUAUGGGAGGAUAUUGGUUCACAAACCAAGGCCCUGAACGUUUUUGCGUCUCUAGCGACGAUCAUCGAACCAACAAUGAAGUUGAAUCCUUUAAUCGCUGGUUCAACGCACGUUGCGGUCCGCAUCAUAAAAAUUUCUGGUCUUUCAUACAACAUCUUCAAGAAUGUAAUGAAAAUACAGAGAGGGACUUCAUUGCCAUUUGGGCAGUGCAGCAGAUUCGUCGACCACAACGUUUGGUAAACAAACGACGCAACCGAAACAUCAAGACCUUAACGGAACAGCUAACAUCCGGCGCAAUUCAGAUAUAUGAAUGUCUCGAUGUGUUGGAUGAAUUCUUCGAACCCGAUCAGCUUGAUAGAACGGCCGAUGAGCUGGCCCGUCCAGCGCCAGAAAAUUACGAUCUAGAGGGCCAGGCUGAUUCAUCGGUGAUGUUCAAGAACAAAAUCUUAACGCUUAUUCUAACUGAUGUUAUAGCUCAGCAACAAGACUCUGUACUACCAAUCAAAGGUUCAGUGGUUUGA